CGUGCGAACACGAAGAUCCUCAUCGCGAGACACGGCGCCGCCGCGGUACACUCGUUGUACUCCUCGGAAUCGUCGUUAUCGUGGUCUUUGAGCGGACCGCACCGGCACCGACCCUCCAGAACAGCGCGGAGAUAUCCGAUGCGACCCGACAUUUGCUCACAGUCCAAGCCGGCUAUCUGGCGAACUAUCGGGUUUAGUUUACGCGAUGGUCUUGUUGUAUGGUGGAGGUCAAUUUUCGUACUCCCAACAUUUUCUUAAAAUCGUGGACGUAGCACGUUUUUUUAUUUUAAAUAAUCAUGUCGCAAUUUAAAUAAUUUUUUGUCGAUCGUUUUUUUAUGAUUUUUUGCUAGUUGAAAAAUAGUAAUUUUUUCCACUAUUUAUCGAGUUAAUUUUUCGCUUUAAUUUUUAUUUUGUUUCGAUUUUUUUUUCGCGUUACAGAUUUUUUUCGUACGUGUUUGCUGUUUUUGUUUUGGAAUUUUUAUGUCUAUGGUUUUGCGAAGACGUGCGUGACUUAUGCAUUAAUGUAUAGUUGAUGAUACAUCGAUUCUUCAAUUCUCCGUUUAGUUAUGGAAUUUUAUUGCUAAUCAAUUGUGUGCACUACGUGACAGAAUUUCAAUCUCGAAUAUCGGAGCCGACCACUAAUUAAUGGUUCAAAAUGCGAAUUAAAAUGCCAGCCGUUCGAAUUGCUCAAGCGGACUCGGAUACUGGCCAAACACAUCAGGAUAUACUGACAUGCGGCGUUUGCCAAAAACCAUUCGCUUUAGGUGAUAUUAACAAGUUCAUCCAACACAAAGUACACGCCUGCAAUAAAGAGAAUUACGCUUUAGAACAAAACUCGCAAGAAUCGCCAGAUAACGAUGACACCGGCUGUGGCGGUAUACCUUUGGCUGUGGUUAAUACUAGAAGGCCUAGCAUAUCGGCGCCCAUUAAAAAAGGCAUCAAUGCUACCGGCAGACUUACGUGCAGUUCGCCUUUGCAAAUGGACGAGGAAGCCAGAUGCAGUACACCUAAACCGCGUACACCCAAUAGUAGUAUUAGUCCGACACCUAUUAAAGAUGAAUUAGAUGACCAUCACGAAAACUGCACAGAUGACGACGAGUUAAAACCUAGAAGAAUUAAACAAGAAUUAGAUUCUACCAAUUCGUCGCCCGAUUUGAUAUCCAAAAAGAAUAGAGCCGAGGUGGCUGAUGCUGAGUCAAAUACUACACAUUCUGAACCAAGUUACUAUAUAUGUUCAACAUGCAAACAGAGACUGCAUUCGGCGUGGAGGCUGGUGCAACAUUGUCAAAACAGUCACGGUAUAAAAAUCUACCUAGAAUCGUCAUCGUCAGCCGGUUCCAGUCCAUCGGCGGCGAAUUGCGCUGCUCCGCCGAAGAAUACGAAUAGUAAUCAUCAUUCGUCGUCGUCUUCAUCGUCGUCGUGUUCACGAUUCUCGGCGUCUUCGUCGUCCAACUGCUCGGGAAAUUCGUCGAGCGGCGUCGGCGUCGGAGGCAGCGUACCCGGAGUGGGUGGCAGCGCCGGUUCAUUGGCGGCGGCAUCUUCGUUACCAUUACCGUCGGCUUCGAUAUCGUCGCGAUUACCUUUACUGCCGCCGACGUCGACGUCGAUGGUCGACCCUCGUAAUCCUUUCGGCGUUGGAGGGCUGCUGCGUAUGCCUUUGGGAGAUCCGACGCGUCAUCAUCAGUUCGCCAGCUCGUUGGGCGGACUACACGGCGGUAGCGGUGGCGGCGGCAAUGGGGCCAAUUCGCCGGUAUUCGCUAGGCCUUCAUCUAGUCAUCAGGAUAAUCAUUUCCGUAUGGAGCAAAUCGUUUCGGAGCAGUUUCGUCUGAAUCCGCACCACAGUAUGGGUUUGGCUGCGGCCGCGGCCGCGGUUGCGGCCAGCGCCGCUGCCGGAAUACCGCCUCCGCAUUCGCCUUAUCCGCCGCCGGUCGAAAGGCCUCCUAGCAAUAGUAUGCAUACGAAUGGACCUCGAUCGAUGAUUCCUCCGCCACCUUCGUUGUCGUUACCGCUCGAACCGCAGCUGGAUUUUUAUUCUCAACGGUUACGUCAGCUGGCCGGCACCACUAGUCCGGGCGUUGCGAACGGGCCGAAUUCGUUGUCGCCUCGUAAGCUGACGCCGCCUUUCACGAGUCCGGGCAAUUCUCAGCCGUUACCCGCGAGCCGAUCUUCGUCUACCGAUAACUCGGCCAACGAUUCGUUGGACUUGUCGUCGAACGCGCUGAAAUCCGAGCACGCGUGUAACGACGAAAAAGCCGCCGAUUUCUCGGUCAACCACCAUCACCACCAUCACGAUAAACAAGGGGCCGCGGUCGAUAACGAAUUGAAAUACAAAUGCGAAUUCUGCCCCAAGAGGUUUAAAUUCCAAAGUAAUCUGGUCACGCAUCGGCGCGCGCAUACGCGCGAAAAACCCUUCAAAUGUACGCUUUGCGAUCACGCCUGCACGCAGAGCUCGAAGCUCAAACGACACAUGAAAAUACACAAGAAUCAGGCCCGGGGAAACGGGCUGACCGGUGGCGAAGCUGGAGUCACGUCGACCAACGGAGAUGGCAGUACAACUUCGACACCGGAGCAAAUUUCUAACGACGGAUCGGACGAUGAAAGAAUAGACGACGACGACGAAGAGGUGGUCGCCGAAGAAGAAGACGAAGAAGUUGACGAAGACGAGGAGGAGGAUGACGAAGACGAGGAAGAAGACGAAGAAGAAGACAUGGAGUUGGACGAGGAAGGCGACGAAGAUGACGAUGGCGACGCACCCGAGGACUUGACCACCAAGUCGACCUCCUCAACUCCGCCGACAAAUAACGCCGCCGAAGAGAACAGUAAAUCGAUGCAGUCGCCUCGACCGACUCCUUCUCAAACACCGCUCGAUAAGACUCCCUCGGAUAAGGUCUCCUCGUCCGGGUCGCUAGUCAGCGAACUAAUGGAUAAGUUCGGAUUAAGCAGCAAUCAGUUGUACAGCGAAGCGUACAAACAGGCUCUGCAAGAGUCCAGCCAUAAUCCGCAUAUCAGAAAGAAAGACGACGCUAUGCUCGAGCCGGUCGCGCCCGACAACAACAACGUCAAUAAAAUGCCGCCGGCUCCGGUCCUAGAAAACGGCAUGAAGAUGAAAUCCUCAGCUGCCGCCGCCGCAGCCGCUUUGAAGCUCAAAGAAGAUUUCGCCGCCAACCUGAUGGCUAGUCAACCUCCUUUGGAUAUUCUGGGCGCUUCGCACGGCUUCUUCGGUACCGGACUGCCGUUCGAGAACCUCCUCGAUGUGGCCACUAGUAAACGAAUGAAACUCGAUAUGGACGGUCGCCAUAAUCCGCUGCUGGGUCGAGGUAACCUGCCACCCGAAGCCGAUGGCAUCUACCCCGGCCUUUGGCUACCCGGUCUGGCGGCUGCCCACCAACGCGACAUCUUCGGCCGCAACGACGUACCUUUGGAUAUGUACAAACCGCGUUCCAAGUCCAACUCGGAGAACCGCCACGGCAACCACCACCACAAGUCGCACAACUCCUCGUUGGCAGCAGCGGCCGCAGCUGCCAUGAACCUCCGGCUACCUAAUCAGCAUCUGAAGAAGGAAAGCCGGCGCAACGACACCUGCGAAUUCUGCGGCAAAGUAUUCAAAAACUGCAGCAACCUCACCGUUCACAGACGAUCUCAUACCGGCGAAAAGCCCUACAAAUGCGAAUUAUGUUCCUACGCGUGUGCCCAAAGCUCCAAGCUCACCAGGCACAUGAAAACGCACGGUCGAAUGGGCAAAGACGUGUAUCGUUGCCGAUUCUGCGAAAUGCCCUUCUCCGUACCGUCCACCCUAGAAAAACACAUGCGCAAAUGCGUCGUCAGCCAAAACAUCAAAGACAACGGACCGCUCAUGCCGUCCAUGCUGAUCAAAUGCGAAGACGAUUCCAGCAUAUCGUCGUCUAAAGAUAAUACUUGACUCUACCCUUGGGGAGGAUACCGGCCGAUGUUGCCUUUACAAAGUAUUUACUAAACGCAUCGACACAUCGCAAAAAGGCCUCUAUCACUGAAUUUUUUGGUACCUCCCCAAUUUUACGUAUACCUACUCUGACUCGUUCUCUUCAUCCGUUCCGCUGCAGAAGUCAAUAUACCACCUAAGUAAUAAAACUCUAUAUGUACCUAGAUUACUAUUUAUACCCUUUUCCCCUCCCCCCGCGCCCUAUACGUGUAUAUAAAAGUUAGAUAAUUUCAUCGUUCCCCUCCCAUCCCCCACCCCUCCCUCAUCUUCUUCCUUCUCUAUUUUUAUCCUAUAUACUCCUGAUCCUCGUCUUAUAUCGUAUAACGUAUAUUUUUAAUUUAAUAUAUAAAUAUGUUGUACUUAUUAUCCUUUUUUUUCUUUUUAUUUUUGCGGAGGCGACGUUUUGUGUUUUUAUAUUUCGUUGUCUUCUCUCUCGUCUCCCUCACCUACAUCUUCGUCAUCGUCGUGUCGUGUUUAUUAUUUUUAUCUCGCGUAAUUUUCUUUCCUCCAUUUUCAUUUCGUUUUGUUUCUUCGUUCCAUGUGUGAACUACCUAAAUAUUGUUGUGUACGUGUGUAUCUCUUAUAAUAUAUUUAGUAUUAUAUUCUUCUACGUGAAAUCCUCCGUCUCUCCCUUCCCACCCCCUCGUUUCAUUCCUUCCUUAGUUCCAUAUCGAGGAAAUCUCUCAGUAUUUAGAUACCUACCUAUACCUACACUAAGCGUAAUAUGUGCUCACAUUCGUGUUACGAUUGUCUUUUUUUGUUUUGUUUUUAUUAUAGUUUCUAAUUGUAUGUUUUUUCCUCCUCCCUGCGUAAGGGAUGGCCAUUCAGGGUGCGAAUGGCAGCUUCGAAAUAAGAGCAAGUGGAAGAAGAAUUCGUUUGCUCGUGUUUCGCAAAAUAUUAUACCUGAAAUUUCUUGAAAAAACAUAUAAUUUGUUGACUAUGAUCAUUUUUAGUACCUAAAAA